CAGGUUUGCAAGAAUGGAUGGGGAUGGGCGGUCCUACACGUCGCCAUCAGGAAGAGGGCUCUGCGGAAUGCUUAGGAGACCCCUCCACCAGAGCUACUCCAGGGCCGGGACUUCGAGACUUCCACUUCACCACCGCAGGACCAUCCAAAGCAGAUAGACUAGGAGACGCAGCGCAGAUACACAGAGAAAGGAUGAGGCCGGUGCAGGGUGGUGAUGGUAGUUGUGAGAGAGUCUUUCUACAGAGCCCUGGCUCUACUGGAACUCUAUAUAUCAGGCUGGACUUGAACUCACAAAGAUCUACCUGCUGCUGCCUCCUAAAUGCUGGGACUAAAGGCAUGUGCUAGCAUGCAUAGCCUAAUGUAACUCCCCCACCUUCUACCUUCACUAGCAAGGACAAUACAGAGUCAUCCGAGUCUGA